AAAAAAAUAAAAAUAAACAUGGAAGUAUAUCACGUCAGUCGUGCAACAAUUGCAUUAAAUAUUAAUAAAAUUGAGCUAUAAAUGUGGGGUAACGAGUCCAACCUCGUCCGACUAUUUCAACCCCCCACCCUUAUAACAGAAAACAACCUCCCCAUUUUCCUCUACUUCCAUAACAAACUUACUUACUCAUCAAGCCUCACUCACUCUACUCUCCACACCACAUUCUCAACUAUGUCUUGAAUUCAAACAUAACUAAUGGCCAAGUCUAAACCUUCCAAAUGGUUCAACAAACUCUUCCGCCGCCGUAAAACUCUCUCUCCUCCCUCUCCCACCACCACUACCACCACCACCACAACCACAGAAUCCAACUUCUACGGCGUAGAUAAUAUCGCCAUAGAUGCCAACAAGCAUGCAAUAGCAGUGGCGGCCGCUACGGCAGCCGUAGCCGAGGCCGCUCUGGCCGCGGCACAUGCGGCUGCCGAGGUCGUCCGCCUUACUUCUAAUGCCCCCCCCUCCCCUUCUCCGCUACCAGGACAUGUCAGCAGCAGGAGGUGGUCCUUGGAGCAUUUUGCUGCUGUUAAGAUUCAGUCCGUCUUUCGAGGCUAUCUGGCAAGGAAGGCUCUGAAAGCACUUAAGGGGUUGGUUAAACUUCAAGCUCUUGUGAGAGGCCACUUUGUUCGAAAACAAAGCACAGCCAUGCUCCGACGUUUGCAAGCCUUGGUUCGAGUCCAGGAUCGAGCUCGAGUUAAUCGUGUACAGAACUUAGAUUCACCAAAUUAUGACACAGAGAAUUCAAGAAGUUACAAAGUCUAUCAAAAGAGCGAAAAACUCGAAGAUUCACCUGUCAUCAAGAGAUGUGGUUCCAUAACAAGCAACAGAGAAGCAAGGAGCAAGGAGAGUAAAGUUUCAGGUACAAAUUGGGUAGAUAAUUGGGUAGAAGCUGGAUCUUCAAUCAACAGCCAUAGCUCGAUUAAGAUCCCUUGUGCUGAUGAUGAAAAGAGCGACAAAAUCCUUGAAGUAGAUAGCUGGAAGCCUCACUCAGUGCCCAAAAAAACAAGAAACAAAUCAUUCCAAGAGCCAAGGCAACACAUUUUGGUACAAGACUACCACAACCGGAGAUUUGCAGCAUCGGAUUACCUAGCAAGGUCUUACCUAACUGAUGUUUGUAAGCCUCAUGCAAGCCCAAUAGCUGAUGACGAUGUUGCUUCUUUGAAGUCCUUACAAUACCCCCCAGAAGCGUGCAUGGAUAAGAGUAGCCCACCCGAUCAAUCACUAUCAUUUGCUCCUCGAGGAUUUGGUAGUAGUAGAAGAAGUCCGAAGACCCCUUUGAGGCAUGAAUAUUCGAGUAGAAGAAGCUUAUGGAAUGGUACAUACGGGAGUUUUGGAAGUCCUAGCUACAUGGCUAACACGGAAUCAUCUCGAGCAAAGAAGGUUCGGUCUAGGUCUCAGAGUGUGCCUAAGCAAAGAGAGGAUUUUGUUGAUAUUCCUGAGAAGCGUAGUUCAAUCAAGAGGUCUCUUCACGCAUUUUGGCAGUCAAAGACUUCAUCAAAAAAGACCUUGGAUGAUCCAUUUGCUAACUUGUGAAGAUAAAAAAAGACGCUACGCUAAGCUUAAUACUAACCUAAACUGGUUGGUUAGUUCUCUGAGUUUAGGAUUUGUAACUAUGUUAAUGGUUUAUAGUCUAUGCUUACUUUAAGUUAGUACUGAAUUAGUAUAGUCAUAGUUAUGUUUUAGUGUCCAAACAUGAUUUUGUGGGUGUUUACUGAUGUUUUGUCAAAAAAUCAUGCUUGGACAGAUUGCUUGAUAUAUAGAAUGGAAUGAACUCUAGCAAUCUUGUAUUUAUCUUUCUUUUUAGAACUCUUCUGAAAUAUCAUAAUUUAGUUAUUGCUAAAAAAAAAUAGUCGCUAUUUGGCCCCAACGGCUUAUUUUGUUCCUA